UGCUUUGUUACAUUUCAAAACAGAGCUUUGCUCUCUAACCAAAAUAGAAGAAACAAAGAUUAAUUCACACAUCAAUUGAGAGAUUUCAGAGAUAAAUUAGAGUUUAUGGAAGAGUGACAACCAGAGAUGGAGGCCCAUUUCCUCUCUUUAUAAUGCACCCUUCAAGUCUUUGUUUUUUGGCAGAUCCAAAAUCUCUUUAUUUGCAUUGAGGAACAGAGGGUUGAGCCUGUCAAGAAAUGAGAGGUUGCAGGGCUUUUUCUUUCCUUGUCUUCUGUUUAUUUCUUUUUCAUGGCGUUAAUGGGGAGAACCCUUAUAGGUUCUUGACGUGGAAAGUCACUUAUGGUGACAUCUAUCCUCUUGGAGUUAAGCAACAGGGAAUCUUGAUUAAUGGGCAGUUUCCAGGGCCACAAAUCGAUGUUAUUACAAAUGAUAACCUCAUUAUCAACGUUUUCAAUUACCUGAGAGAGCCAUUCCUCAUCUCUUGGAAUGGCAUACAACAGAGGAGGAACUCAUGGCAGGAUGGAGUGUAUGGCACCAACUGUCCAAUCCCACCAGGGAAAAACUUCACUUACAUCCUCCAAGUGAAGGACCAGAUUGGUAGCUUUUUUUAUUUCCCAUCACUUGGAAUGCACAAGGCUGCCGGAGGGUUUGGUGGCAUCAGAGUUUGGAGCCGCCCUCAGAUUCCUGUGCCUUUCCCUCCUCCUUCAGGGGAUUUUACUGUACUAGCUGGAGACUGGUACAAGAGAGAUCACUAUCAAUUGAGAAGAAUAUUGGAUGCUGGUCAUGAUCUUCCAUUCCCUGAUGGGCUUCUCAUCAAUGGUCGUGGAUGGAAUGGAUACAGAUUCACAGUUGAUCCAGGUAAGACUUACAGGUUCAGGAUAUCAAACGUGGGCCUUGCAACAUCUAUUAACUUCAGGAUUCAAGGGCAUAAGAUGAAACUGGUGGAGGUAGAAGGAUCCCAUACGCUACAAAAUACCUAUUCUGCCCUUGACAUCCAUCUUGGGCAGUCCUAUUCUGUCUUGGUCACAGCUGAUCAGCCAGCCCAAGACUACUACAUUGUCGUUUCCACACGCUUCACUGCUCGUGUACUCACAACAACUGCCGUUCUUCACUAUAGCAAUUCAUAUAAAGGAGUUUGGGGUCCAAUCCCAGGUGGUCCUACUACUCAGAUUGAUUGGUCCCUGAACCAGGCCAGAUCUAUACGUUGGAAUCUGACUGCAAGUGGGCCUAGGCCGAAUCCCCAAGGGUCUUACCACUAUGGAAUGAUUAAGACAAGCCGCACAAUCACUCUUGCAAACUCUGCUCCUAUUAUUAAUCGCAAGCAGAGGUUUGCUGUCAACAGUGUCUCAUUUGUUCCUCCAGAUACUCCCUUAAAACUUGCAGACUACUUCAAGAUUCCUGGAGUUUUCUACCUGGGAAGUAUCCCUAGCUACCCUACCUGGGGAAAUGACUACCUCCAGACCUCGGUAAUGUCUUCUAAUUUCAGGGAAUUCAUUGAGAUUGUUUUCCAAAAUUGGGAGGACACUGUUCAGUCAUGGCACAUAGAUGGCCAUUCCUUCUUUGUUGUGGGAAUGGAUGGAGGACAAUGGACGCCUGCAAGCAGGGCAACAUAUAACUUGAGAGAUGCAGUUGCUCGUUGCACAACUCAGGUAUAUCCCAAGUCUUGGACUGCCAUUUACAUGGCUUUAGACAAUGUGGGAAUGUGGAACAUUCGUUCUGAGAACUGGGCUAGGCAAUAUUUGGGGCAGCAGUUCUAUCUCAGGGUUUACACCUCUUCAAAUUCAUGGAGAGACGAGUUACCCAUCCCAAGGAAUGCUCUUCUUUGCGGCCAGGCAAGAGGUCGUCACACGAGGCCUUUUUGAAUUGGAUUAGAAUUUAGAUUAUAGUUCUUGUCACGAUAGGGUGACAUGGUUCUUGAGGCAAAAGGACUAUAUAUUCAUUCCUCCCGGGAAAUUGUUAAUGCAGGAGCUCAACUUGAGCUUUGAGUCUUCAUUCUUGCCUGUAUGACGUUGUGAUCUAUGUUUCUAAGCCUAUUCUUGUAAACCCAUUAUGAAGAAGCUGUUCUGUAGUCUCUGAAUACUUUCUUGACUCCAAUAUAGCAAUAUAAUUAUGACU